UUUUUUAAGCAUAUGGGACCGACUGAACUUAAAGGUUUUUAUUAUCAACACAAAAGAGAGAAUGGACAGCUUGAUUACAAAAUUGUAUCUCUUCAAGAGCUUCGACGUUAUGCUGUUCGUUUUCCAUUGGAUAAGUGGCUUAAGGAGGAGUGGGAAACCGCAAUUGAUAUGGAAAUUCCAAUGUAUUCAUAUACAGGUCGUUGGGACCGUCCGAAAUAUUACCAUUAUUUGCGUUUAACGGAUGAAGAAUCUCAAAAUUUAAUUCUUAAAUUGCCUGUUUAUCCGAAGAAUAUUGAGGAAAUGAAAAUAAUUCGUUUCUGUUUAAUUCAACUGUUUAAAAUCUCGUCAUUUACUUUUACAAUUGCCUCUGUUUCCAAAGAAUAUUGA